AUGGGGACGUCGUUCCUCGAAGUCCUCCACGACACCCUGACCCGCAAGCUACUCGGCUUUGAUGCCACGCACGCCGAACCCACGCCCUUUAUCGGCGGCGUCACCUCGCGGCUGAAGUUCCUGCUCAACGACGCCACGCAGCAGCUCUCGAUCCUCAAGCUCGGAUACACGGCGCUCGAGGCCUUCUUGCAAGCCAACUGCACGGGCCCGCCCCUCGACUUUGACCCGGAACAAGUCAUCUUCCCGAGGACGUAUCGUGGAGGGGACGGGGACCUGACGGCGCUCAGGGAGGGCUUGUUCCAGCACCUAUCUGUCGACGGGUGUCGGCCUUACCCCUUGACACCGCACAUUGAGCUGUUCUGGCUAGCCAAGGUCAUCUUGUCGACGACCACGCUGGCCGAAGCGGGCUUCAACGGUCGGAGGGCGCGCAUGCGUGUCAACUUCUGGCACCAAAAAUUACUCUCAGAGGAGUCCCCCAGUUUGAGGGAUGUCAUCUACUCGGAUGCGGGCGUCCUGGAACAGCAGCUCUCUGCGCGGUUGGCCUUUGGCGGGUCCGCCGCCGAGGAACAUUACGUCGAGUUCAUGGUCGAGCGGGCCGUCAUACGGACGUACUACGGAGAUGAUGCGCUCGCGAGGACAGAUCUCGCCAGGGCGGCAUCGACGCGCGAUUUCCACUUCGUCCUGACCGGUGCGUUGGGCAAGAGGACGAAGUUCCAGGAUAGGGACACCAGUCAGCUGGUCGUGCUGGCGAAGAGUAGAGACCGUGAACCCCAGCCGUACAGCAGUCGGAAAAAUAGUAAGGCCGAGGGUCCCGCAGUUGCGGACGCUGAAACGGCAUCGUCUUCGACACCCCACCGAACAGUGACACCGAUAUCGACGGCGACAUCGACGGGCCCUCAUAACCACAAUGAACCUACAUCUGCACCAAUUCAACCCGAGAAUGUCCUACUUAACGAUGAUACGCUUCUCGAAAGCAUCCACUUCAAGUCAGCAUCCUCGGCGCACUCCCCCUCCGUGUCGGUAGACACCAUGACACGCGUGGCUUCCUCCCCGUCGUCCUUGCCACCAGACCUCGCGGCGCUCGACCCGGCAGACCAACCGCUCCUCUUCCCCAUGGACAGCGCCAUCCUGUUAGCCACGGCCAGCAGCAUCACCAACACCUCGCCCGAGGACGGUCUGGUGCGCGAGGAAACGCUCCCCUACGCCACGAGGGUCCUGGACGGCGGCUCGUCCAAUUGGCAGGUCUAUACACAAGCCUUGCUCGUCCGCAGCCGGAUAGAAGGCUAUCGCGCCAGGACGGCCGAGCGGGGCCUUCUACAGCUACAAGCGCUAGUCGACCAAGUCAUUGCCGAGACGUCGCACAGCGUUCCGCCAUCGAAAGCAGAGUCUGCCAGCACACCCGCGGACACAGGAACCACUACAUUCCUACCGAAGCCCAACCCCUCGGAAUCCGCCUCGGUGGCCGAACGCCUCAAGUACAUCUACCAGCUGUCGCCGCCCCUCCGGUGGGAGCUCGAGGCGGAACUCGCCCAGCGCUGGACAUCGAUGGGCGGUCUCAAGACCGCGCUGGAGAUCUACGAACGCCUGCAAAUGCACGCCGAAGUGGCAUUGUGUCUCGCGGCGACGGACCAAGAAGCCAAAGCCGUGGAAUUGCUCAAGAAUCUUCUUUUCGACGACGCCGCUGCACAAAAACCUAUCGCCCCGGGCAAAGAGAAGCUCAGAUCGCCGCUACCGGCAGACGCGCCGCGCCUGCUCUGCAUCCUAGGCGACAUUCUCUCCCAACCAGACUACUACGUUCUUUCGUGGACCGUGUCGUCGUCUCGAUACGCCCGCGCCCAACGUUCUCUUGGCAGGUACUUCCUCACCAAGCAACGCAACUACCAGCGCGCAGCCGAGGCGUAUCGUCUCGCGCUGAACAUCUCGCGCCUCGACCGAGCGAGUUGGUUCUCUUUGGGGUGUAUCCAGCUUGAACAGGAAGCGUGGACGUCCGCGGUGGAAUCCUUCACGCGGUGCGUCCAGCUGGAGGACCAGGACGCCGAGAGUUGGUCCAACCUCGCCGUCGCGCUACUUAGCAUGCCGAAGCCGGUGGCGCCGCCGACAGAGGAGGGUCAGAAACUAGACCCAGACCGGGACGGAGACCAAGACCAGGAUCAGAGCCAGACCGAUGGCAUGCCAGAGAGAAAAGUAGACCCCUACCGCCACGUGAGGGACGCUCUCCGUGCCCUCCGCCGCGCCGCAAUGCUCAAGCGGGACGACCCGCGCAUCUGGGACAAUUACCUUACCGUUGCGGCAAGCAUCCCACCCAGUGCGGGCACACCGUGGGCGGAAAUCAUCCAGGCGAUGAGCCGGGUGAUUGAACUGCGCGGCAAAAGGGAAGGAGAAGGCUGUGUGGACCUAGGGAUUCUGAAAGUGUUGACCGAGUAUGUGAUUGAGCAUUGGACGUAUCCGGGAGCGGACGAGGCCGAGGCCGAGGCGAAGGACGGGAACGAGGACGGGAACGAGGACGAGGAGCCAAAGGAGGCAGACCAAGCCGGACAGCCGCAAGUAGAAGCGGGUGUGGCGGUUGUUGAGCAAAAGCCGGCUCCCGAAGAGAAACCCGGGGGAGCGGAAGCGGGAGCGCCAGGACGACCAAAAGUGGCAUCUGGUUUCAAACUCCCCUACACCCCCCGUUCCUUCCUCGCGCUGAUCGACAAACAAAUCACACCCCUCGCCACGUCCUCACCAGAAUUAUACACCACGUUAUGCCUCAUCUCCGAGUGGCGCCGCCGGCCACACAAUGCCCUCACGCAAGCCGAAAAGGCGUGGCUCAACACCCUCACCACCGCCUCUGCAAGCGCUUCUGCAACGGGUACCGCAGAAGACUUCACAAACAUCUCAGUGACCCAAUGGACCGAGAUCGUGAACAAGACGCUCUGGAUGAUGCAGCGGUACGCGGAACUGGGUCCACAACAGAGGGAGCGGACAGGCGGGGAAGUCGAGCCCAAGUGGCGGUUCAAGGCGAGGAGUGCGGCGCGGAGGGUCCUCGGACGGGGGAAGGCGUGGGAGGAGAGUCGGGAGGAGGGGGCGGUGCGGUUGAGGAGGGCGAUGGAGGAGUUGUGA